ACGUGCUUAUUUGCGUCAUCACGCAACGCGCUGACGCAAUUCCGCUACGCGCGAAAUUUUGAGCUUUGCGUUCUAAGCCAAACAAGAGACGGUUCCCGCUUCACCCGCUUCACACACAGUGAUGAUCGACUGGAUCGUUCAGAAUGGCGGAGUUGGGCUGCUACUCUCCCAGCUUUAAAAAACCGUCUGAAGUUCUGCGGAUGAGACGGAAGCGCGCGCGGAGCGAAGGCCCGGACCGGAGGACGGUGGAUGGGCUUCGUCCGUUCUCUCCGGUGCCGCUGCUGAACGCACCGAGCCGAGCGAGCGGCGGCGGGAAGCGCAGAAAUCCGCUCGCCAACAUCGAGAACACGUACAACAGUCCCAAGAAGAGAGCGUUAUCCCACAGCGACGGACACGACGGAGCUCUGGACGGUAGAAACACGGCAGCUGCGGUUCUGGACGGAAAGCUCAGCGGGAAACUCAGGGAAGAACGCGCGAACGCUGGAACAUCAUUUAGAGAGGAGCUGUUCAACACCGAGCAACAAAAACAUCUCGAGAUAAAGACGCCUGUUUCUCUGUCUGAAGAUGCGGGUUUGUUUGAGGAGGAUCUGUUUGAGCCGGAGAGAUCCGCUGCAGUGCUGAAGGGUCCAGAGGCGGUUUGUGACGCGGCUCCAGCUGAAGUGUGUCUGGAGUUCCCUGCCGAUUGGUCUCUGAAAACGCGUCUGUUGUUCACGUCUCCUCAGUCGUUCUCCUGGGCCGAGCAUCUGAAGGCGCAGGAGGAGGCGCAGGGCUUGAGCUCUCACUGCAGGGCCGAGUUCUCCAGCUUACCUGCUCAUAUACAGGUGAGGACACAGUUAUAG